AUGGGUCUUCAAUUCUGCGGUGCUCAAAAUGGUGUCAAGAUGGGAGUGUUGAACGCUCCGAGGCGAGCCAUAUGGAUCUGUUCCGUUGUCAGCCUCACUGCAUUCCUUGUCUUCUUCUGCUUUCCCGUCUAUUCCUUUUAUCCGCUGAAUCCCGCUGUCUCUCCCUCUAAUCCCCCAUCUCUUUCGGCUUCACAAGCAGCAGAUGCCUUUAGUGUCAAUUGUCAUAAAAAGCCUCGACCGGAAGCAUAUAAACUGCAUGGCAAUGGAACCGAGAGCCUGGCUCUACCGAAGCUGAUGGCGGAGCUAUGGAAACCCCUGGUGCACCCCAUCACGGAGAGAGUGUUUGUUACUGAUAAGGGAGAACGCUUCGAAGUACCAAUCAACCAAUCAAUCGACUCUGGUGCCCGAUGCUCUGCUGACGCUGAUGGGGUAGCUAUGAUCCACGGCUACGAUUACCGACUAGUCCGUGCAGCCGACUAUCCCGAUCGACACGGAACUUGGGUAAAGCCAGCCGUCACUAAAGAAGCUCUAAAGACCCACGACUUUGUCAUUUCACUCGACUCAGACGCCGUCUUUACGCAUCUCGACCUCCCGCUAGAAUGGCUCAUGAACCUCUGGGAUUACCGCCCAGAGACAUUAGUCGCCAUGGCUUACGACCUCGACUGGGAACAAGACUACGAUCCCCAAGGAAACCUCAUCCUCAACACGGGUUUCGUUAUCGCACACGCAAGUCAGCGUACCCAAGACAUGUUUCAACGAUGGGAAGAUUGCCCAAGGAGUAUACCUGGCUGCAACCAUUGGAACCACAAGUGGGCACAUGAGCAGAGCGCGUUUUCGUACUAUAUCCGGUACGAGUUCAACAGGACACAUGAUGUGAAAAACAUACCGUGUAAUCAGGCCAACGGCAAUGAGUUCACGCUUGACGGAAAUGGAGAGUGCAAGGGUGUUUUUGUGAGCCACAAUUGGAAACAUAAACACAAGACGCCUGAGCUAUUGAGCAGGAGUAUCAUGACUUCACUGGCCCGUCGGGUACAUGGGCAGUUCCACCAUGAUAUCAAAGACUUAUACCUAGAUGCCUCGAAGCAGACAUAUCCAAUCGCUGAUGGGGCACCCUAG